UCUCUCGUGUUCGACAGGAGUAGCUGCGAAGUGUGCUUUUUCGAAGCAAUUAUUAUUACUGUGGAGAAGUGUCACAUACGCUGGACGCGUGUCGAUCACGAAAUGGCCGUACCAAUGGCAUUUCAUGCUGCUCACAAGGUUCGCGAAAACAUGAACAAACCGUUGGUGAUGGCGAACGAGGCGCACGAGGAGAACGCCUCGGGAGCUGACGGACACUCGAAGUUCAAAUUUUUUGAAGGCUCAGGCAAUGUGAUGGUGCGAAGGUACAAUGAGAAGAUGAUGAACGCCAUUUGGGGACUGUACAACAGGAACUCGGCCCACAACUUGAAGAGCAACGUUGAUGGCGGCGAAGUUGCACAGGUUGCCCCGGUUCCGCUUCCCCCACCUUCCAAUAAUGUACGUGUAAUGGUGUCAAUUAUCACCAGCUAUUGUCGAGUGGAGCUUCAUUGUGCGAUAGUGAUCUCCUCGCAUGGAGUGAACUCCUUGUUCUUCUCCGGUUUGAAGUAUCCCAAAUCUGUCACCACGGAUCUCUCGGGCAGUUAUCGCGGCGGGCUGGCGAAUGAAGCCCGUUCCGCGCCAGAACUCAUCGAAGAAGCAGUGGAAGAACGCGUGAUUAACGAAGAAUACAGAAUAUGGAAGAAGAACACUCCUUUUCUUUACGAUCUCGUCAUGACGCACGCGUUGGAAUGGCCGAGUCUCACUGUCCAGUGGCUUCCAGACGUGACUCGACCAGAAGGCAAAGACUACGCUGUACAUCGUCUCAUCCUUGGCACUCACACAUCAGAUGAACAAAACCAUCUUCUCAUUGCCAGUGUUCAGCUUCCCAACGAAGACUCGCACUUCGAUGCGUCUCAGUAUGACCCUGAAAAAGCAGAUUUCGGAACAUUCAGCACAGUCAGCGGCAAGAUUGACAUAGAAAUCAAGAUCAACCACGAAGGAGAAGUGAACCGUGCGAGAUACAUGCCUCAAAACCCGUGUGUAAUCGCGACUAAGACCCCAAGCAGUGAAGUCUUGGUCUUUGACUACACCAAACAUCCGGCUACUCCGGGUCCCAGUGGAGAAUGUCAUCCGGAUAUCCGACUUCGCGGACAUCAAAAGGAAGGAUAUGGACUCUCGUGGAACCCGAAUCUCAAUGGGCACUUGCUCAGUGCGUCUGAUGAUCACACGAUUUGUCUGUGGGACAUCAACACCACUCCGAAAGAAAACCGCGUAGUGGAUGCGAAAAAUGUCUUCACUGGACACACUGCAGUCGUUGAGGAUGUAGCUUGGCAUUUGCUGCACGAAUCUGUGUUUGGAUCCGUUGCGGACGACCAUAAGUUGAUGGUCUGGGACACUCGAGUGCAUGUGACAAAUAAGCCAUCCCAUGCCGUGGAUGCUCAUGCUGCUGAAGUCAAUUGCUUGUCAUUCAAUCCGUACUCCGAGUUCAUUCUGGCGACUGGAAGCGCUGACAAGACUGUGGCCCUGUGGGACCUGAGAAAUCUGAAGCUGAAGUUGCACUCUUUCGAGUCUCACCGGGACGAGAUCUUCCAAGUCCAAUGGUCUCCACACAAUGAAACAAUUCUCGCGUCUUCCGGAACCGACAGAAGGCUUCAUGUUUGGGAUUUGAGCAAAAUCGGCGAAGAACAAGGCGCAGAUGAUGCUGAAGACGGGCCUCCUGAACUUCUCUUUAUUCACGGUGGACACAUGGCAAAAAUAUCUGACUUUUCCUGGAACCCCAACGAACCUUGGGUC